AUGUAUUCAACCACAAUUCCGGAGUAUGACCGACAAUUUCCUUCUUUAGAAAGAAAGAUGGAUCAAAUCACAGGUAGAACAUCUAAACCCUUCAUUCAUCUGACUGAAGUUCAUCCAAAUGGGAAGCUUAAACCUUUAACUCAGGCUGAAGAAGUUCUGAAUUGGCAAUUUGAAAACAUGGUUUCUCAAAAUGAAAUUCUCUAA